AUGAAGUGGAAGCUUAAGGAAUUGCACAAAGAGACGACGACGAAGCACUCGUCGAUCACGAAGACGUCCGAGAAGGUCGGGGAGCUCGAAGAUGAGCCUUUCCGGAAGGUCGAAGAGGCCCUGAAAAUCGAGAACUCUGUUCGGCCGUUGAUGCUGGGAAACAGCAAGGCCGGAAAGGCCGGGAGCUCUGGUGACGGGCCGCAGCUCGAGGAGGAGAAGCCGGAGGAGGAGCAGCCUGAGCAAGGCGAUCUCUACAAGAAGGCCGUGCAAGGCUUGAGAAAGGCAGUGAAUGCCUACAGCUCCACCGCCAGCAAAGUCACGACGAUGCUGGCAAGCCUGGAGAAGGCAACGCCCGAGGUUCAGGCAGACCCGCAGCAUGCGGUGUCGAAGAUCCAGCUGGGGGAUCUGGGAACUUCAAGCUCGAAAGAGCGAAACCGCUGGAACACCGUUUUGGCCAGGUGGCCGGCGACGUGGGCCGGGGCUGCUGGGUUCUUCAACGAGGCCGAGAAGGUCGAGGAGGUGCAGCUCGAAAAGAGCAAGCGCGAGAAGGCUCUCAAGGAGCUGAACAAAGUGCUUGCCCCUACGAAGGUUUGGGCGAAAGGCAAGCUGGACUUCAGGCCUGAGAAAGGCAAAGAGCUGGAAGCCCUUGGCGACGAGUUGAAGGGGCUCUACACGAGCAAUGCUGUCACUGCUAGGAAGGCAGCUUCAGUUUUCAAGAAAGCCCAUGAUGCGGGCUUGGGACUGAAUAGCCCUUUUGAUAAGGCUUUCAGUCUUAGGAAGGCUGCAGAAGCCAACAACUUGAAGCCUGCAGAAGGCAGCGAGGGCAGCGAUCUCAAGCCUGCAGAAGGCAAGAAUGCAGCAAGAACAUUGCAAAGGUGGAUGCGGAAAAAUUCCACUUGGCCCGACCUGUAUUGGGCGGAAAUUCCUUUGAAGUCCGGGAGGACAAAGGAAGUCAAGCCUGAAAAAAUGCCUUUCCUGCUGCCCCACGAGUGGCUGGCAGAUUAUUUUUUGCAGCCAGGGGCAGUGGAGGAGGCCUUUCCGGCACCGGGCAGUCCGUUAUCGAGGCAGCUUGGAGAAAGCGAUUUGGGGAUGAAUCAAUCCACCGUCGAUUUUUUGACGAUCAACUUGAUGGCAUCCAAUGCUUUUCAAGCGAAGCGGGUUCCUAUCACCUGUGUGGAGAGCCGUUUUGUGGCAGGCCGCGAGACCAUAGAAGCAGUGCAGCAAGUGAUUGCAUGGUCCCUGCAGAGCCUGGGUGAAGGCAGAUACCCCAGCUCAAGACACGAUGGGGAAAGCCUGGACAAGGCGAGACAAAGCAUGGCAGGGCUACCGAUGGCAGCCAGAGGUGGCCUGGUGCAGCUUCGAGGCGACUGGGACUGGAACUGCAAAUACUUUGGAGCUCCUCAGUGGAAUGAGUUGAAAGGAAUGUGUUGGCUUUGUAAAGCCAAGCCCGAAAAUUGGCGGGGGAUGUAUGCAGAGGACCGCCAAAACCAGAGCCUGAGUAAGGCAGAGUUCGAGGAGAGCUUGAGAGAUCGCAACAAGCACGUGUCGCCUUUGUUUGGGCUGCCGGGAGUCUGCAACAAGACAAUGAAGCCUGACUGGAUGCAUGUCGUCGACGAAGGCUGUGGUGCCCAUGCAGCAGGCCAUGUGCUCAACGAGCUGCUGGCAAAGUUCCCAGACAGAGGUGUCGAGAAAAGAGCUGAAAGACUUUGGGAAGAGGUACAGAGCCUGUACAAGGCGAAAGGAAUUCCAGCCUGCAGAAGGCUUAAGAAGCUCACGGCCAAAGACAUAGUCAAGCCUGGAAAGGCGCCUGAGCUAGCUGCGAAGGCAGCAGAAACUCGGUACUUUUGUACCGACGUUCUGCUGCCUUUGGUGGAAAGCAAGCGAUUGCAGGAAGGAAGCCUUCAUGACCAAGCUGUCUACAACGUGGCAAAGUAUUGUGCGCAGAUGUAUCAGCACAUGGAGGACUUCGACCCGAAGCGGCUGCAGAAAAGUGGUGAAAAGUUCAUGAGCCAGUAUAUGGCCUUGGAAGAGGAAGCCUUGCACCUUGACCCCGAAGAUAGCCUGACAUGGCGAGGAAAGCCUAAGUUGCGCUACUUGGGCCACCUCUUGGACGAAGCCCGAAAGGGCAUACACCCUAAGGACUUCUGGAACUAUAGGGACGAGACGGAAGGCUACCACUUCCAGAAGCUCUGGUUUCGAGCAGGGGGUGUCACAACACGUGGCCAUCAGACCGAACAGGUCCUCCUCAAAUGGGGACAUGACGAGCCCUUUUUCAGCUUGAAAGAAGCUGUGCAGUGA